GAGUUACUUCACCCCUGCAGGCUAAGCAACUGCGAUCCCGCGGAGCCCCAAUGCAGUUGCCGUUGCUUUUCACCAUCAUCUUUGCAAACUUUUGCAUUAGAGGAUUUUCUUCCCAAACUGGAACUCUGAAGAGCCUGAGACCGUCCAGCCUAAGGAGAGAUGAAAGUAACCAACUUACUAGACUCUACCGAAAAGAAGAAACCAUUCAAGUGGUGGGAAAUGGUUGCAUAAGCAGUCCCCGCUUCCCUAACAGUUACCCAAGAAACUUGCUCCUGACAUGGAUUCUGGACUCUGCAGAAAACACGAGGAUACAGCUCGCAUUUGAUAGCCAGUUUGGAUUAGAAGAGCAGGAAAAUGAUGUUUGCAGGUAUGACUUUGUGGAGGUGGAAGAGUCUUCGGAAACAAGCUCCAUUAUACGAGGCCGGUGGUGUGGACAUAAAGAAGUUCCCCCAAGACUGACAUCUAAAAAGUAUCAGAUAAAGAUCACAUUUAAAUCGGAUGACCAUUUUGUGGCUAAGCCUGGCUUCAAAGUCUGCUAUUCGCUUGUG